AUGCAGGUUAUUGACUGGGUUCGCCAAACCGAACACCAUCAACAUGAAUCUGCCCUCGAAGCAUACCAGAUGUGCUUGGAGCUUUUCGACAAUCAUGUGGAUGCAGCAGUUUGUCGUAACGAUCUGCAACGUGUGGUCGAACUUGAGGAGCAGGGUCGUGGCCAACAAUGGUCACUGGCCUCACCACUCAGGAUCCCGCUGGAUGACCUACAGGGUUCAACAGGCGCAGACCAAGCUGCUAUUGAUCGGGCAGCAACAGAGUACAAGGAACUCACAGAGCAGUGGGAGGUUGCUGUGGCUGAAGUCUGCGAUCUUCAAGAUUUCUUGCGCUUCCUGCUGACUCCGUCUUACGAAGGCUUGCAAGGGGCAGUGCGCCAUGGUCCAGUCAUAGUCCUCAUUGUGAGCAUAUACUCGUGGAACGCCGUCAUUGUCCCAGCGUCAGGGGGGCCCCACCAUGUUUCCUUUCUGUCUCUUACUCUCUUGGGUCUCAAGACACUCAAAGACAACUUCGCUAGGGAGAUCCGGCACGUAUCUCUUUUUGGCCCAACGGAGCCGAGGACGGAGUUGCGAGUCCUCUUGCAGACAGUAUGGGAUGAGAUCAUGCUGCCCGUCAUCAAGGUCCUCCAACAUGAUCUCGAGUUUCGGCGUCGCCCCGGAAUGUGGUUGUGUCCAACAGCAGCCUUCACGUCCCUUCUUGUCCAUGCAACUCACCCCUGUCGAACAAAGGCAGAUCGCUAUGGGCGAGAGCUAUGCCUAGAGGAUAUUUACCUAUGCUCUUACACGCCGACGCUCUCGGCUCUGAUCAGAGCUCGAUAG